CCAAACAAACCUGUAAUAAUUGUAUUCUUUUCCCAUGACUUAACAUCCAGCUAAACAGCAAGGCUGUUCAGCAAAGACUGCUCAAGGGCUGUUUCAAGAGAAAGCAGUUAGUGGCAGUUUUUCCAUGACAGUUUUCAAAUCCACUUCUCACCUUGUCCCACCUGUAAUGGCAAGGAAGAUGUCUAGCUGAUGAAUGUCGCUGUGUCAGCAGUAAUCAUAAUCAGUCCUAAGUUCUAACCUCACGACUCAACUUUUGUGGAAAGACCCCAGUGAGGUUUUAGGAUCAUCCUAAGAAGUUCUGUGGAAAGCCCUUGGAAGUCUUGCGGGAUUAAUUCGACAAAGUGGCUCCUUUAUUUUAUUGAAUCUUCCCAUUCAUGAGAACACGUAUAUCCCAGUGAAUGAGAACAUAAACCCAUGGAGCAGAAGAAAAAACUCCAGACAUGGACCCACUAAUAUCCUGACCGUGGAUUUAUCAGACUAGCACAAAGGCAAGUAUGUGGAGGAAGGCUUGUCUUGGCAGCACACGAUUAUAAGAAGUGAUAGGAGAGUUGACCUGAUCUCUCAGCGCCCAAGCACUGUCUCCAACCUCCAAGGAGAUCCCUGCUGAGCCCAGGAAGUAUGUACUUAGCUUUCACAAAAAUCUCCUUUAUGUACCACAAAUAUUUGCAUCUAACCAUUCAUCACAUUGGGUUUGCUUUGGAAACUGCUUCCUGGUGGUGCAAUGUUUUGUGGCUUGGAUUUCUUCCAGGUUGGCCCUCAAGCCUUGAGAUGAAGAGAGAAUACAAGGAAAUCCUGCUACUCAAAGGCAUGGAUAACCUCACUGACGAGGAACUGGAUAGGUUUAAGUUCUUCCUUCCAGAUGAGUUUAACAUCCCUAAUGGCAGACUUGAGGCUGCAAACAGGUCGCAGUUAGUGAAACUGAUGAUCCAGAGUGAUGGCGAGGUGUCUGCCCUGAUGAAGACCAUCAGUAUUGUCAAGAAGUUGCAAUACAUGGACUUGGCAAAAUGUCUCCAGGAGGAGAAAGAGAAAGUUGAUAAGAAAUACAUGGAGAAUGAAAAGAAAAAUGAAACAAAGCUAAUAAGAAAGAAGAAUGUUGCUAAGACAAGUUCUGCUGAGCACGUAGCCAGUGGAAAUGACACCACUGCACCACCAGCUGCUCCAGGGGUCUCUCCUCCAGUUAAGAAGCAGGUGGCAGCCAAGCAGGAAGCCAUGAGGCAAGAAGGCUUGCAGGAAGACCCUAUGACAGUCAUGGUUCUGAAAGCAAUGAAGCCCUUCAAAUUUGAGUCCCGGAAGGGGCAGCAAGAGAUGUUUCAUGCUACAGUGGCUACGGACAGAGAUUUCUACUUUGUGAAAGUUUUUGAUACUCGGCUUACAGAUAAAUUCCACCCAAAGAAAAUAAUUACAAUAUCAAAAUAUUAUUGGCACAGUACUUUCCUGGAGGUGAAUACAUCUUCACUUGUGUUGGAUGCUGAAUCUGACCAAAAGGUCAGUGUCCCAAAUAAUAUAAUUAGGAAAGCUGGUAAAACUCCCAAGAUAAGAGAUCUUCAAACUCGGCCCCUUGGAACAAUUGUGAAUGGAGUAUUUAUGGUCCAGGAGAAAACAGAAAAAAGAAACGGUACAUUAUAUGGCCUAAAUGACAACACAGGGAGUAUGAACGUAUUGGUGCUUGGAAAUCAGAACAGAAUAAAAUGUGAGAAAGGAGAUAAGCUCAGACUUACAUUCUUUGAGCUAUCAAAAUACAGAAGAAAUCUACAGUUGGUAUCUGGAUCUCAUAGCCACAUUACGGUUAUAAAGGCUAAAAAAAACAAAGGAAGUGAGAUGAAAAAGAAGGAUUGAAGCCCACUCCUCCAGGCAGCAUUUUGUUGAUAAAUCCCUGCCAUAUUCUGUUCAAGCAGAAGGUAUUACCUGAGAGCAGCAGAUACAGGCUUCUCUCCCCCACAAAGCCACAGGCAAUCUAUAAAUAAAAUCACCACGUCUGUGUCCGAGUGGAACUAUAAACACCAAAAUUUUAAAUAUGUUACACAAGGUUGUCCCUAUGACUUUCUCCAAAUAUUUAAUAAUUAUGAACUCAAGUUUUUUUUGGCUAUUCAAAAACAUGUUGUAUUCUAUACAUAAAUAAGCAAUGGGAAAACUGAGUCCAGGUGUCACAGUUUGCCCAUUCCUGACCUCAAGUAAAGAUAUUUGCAAUGAAUUGUCUGAUUAUAGACUAUUUAAAAAUAAAAUAUAUAGCAAC